ACUGCAGAGUCAUUGACUAAUUAACUAAUGAACAAAUAUUCAUCAGAUUGGUCAACUACCUUUAGUUAGAACCCUAUUCUAAAAUCAUAAAAGGGUACUUUACUGUUCAUGUAAUAAACACUAAGCUCGCGAGAUGUCAGUACAAACUAAUUUUAAGAUUUCAGCAGUUCAAACACAUCCCGCCCUCUUUUUGCUCUUUGCGUUCAGUCUAACAAAAAGUAUCUUGAGGCAAUUCAGAGGUUGCCUCAUAUGUCGUUUAUUUGUUGUACAUAAGGCGUCUUGUGUUCUACACAACUGGUAUACGUAGAUUAUUAGUAAUAAUUCGUUGAAACGCAAUUGUUCUACCCAUAAAAUGGAACAAAAAGGACGCGCAUCAUGGAGGAAGGCGCUGAUGGCUUUUUUGCUGCUGUUUGGAAGAGCGGUUUCCGCACAUAUACGAUAUUCCGUUUUCGAAGAGCAGAAGCUUGGCACACUGAUCGGAAAUAUAGCAAAGGAUUUAGGAAUUGAUCAAAGAGUUUUACAAGAUAGAGGAUUUCGGAUUGUGUCGACAACAGGAGAGUCGCUGUUCAAGGUAAAUAAUGAUGGAGGGCUGUAUGUAUAUGGAAAAAUAGACAGAGAAGAGGUUUGCAAGAAAAGCAGCACUUGUUUUAUAAAUUUAAAAAUCGCUCUUGAAAAUCCACUGGAGAUUCAUUAUGUAGCAGUAGACAUUCUGGAUAUGAACGACCAUGCACCAACAUUCAACCAAAAUGAAAAACGAUUAGAAAUAUGGGAAUCAGCAUUACCUGGUGCUCGAUUUCAGCUCCAGGCCGCCCAGGACCCUGACAGCGGGAGCAAUUCAAUUCAAAAUUAUAGACUGAGUCACAACGAUCAUUUUCGGCUAGAAGUCAAGGAUCGUGACGACGAUGGUAAAAUUCCCCUGUUGUUAUUACAAAAACCAUUAGACAGAGAGAUAACAAAGAAAAUUAAACUGAUAAUAACUGCUGUAGAUGGUGGGAAACCACCAAGAUCUGGAACAAUGGCGAUAAACGUAGAUGUGUUAGAUAUAAAUGAUAAUGCUCCUGUUUUUACUAAAGAUAUUUAUACUGUCAUGGUGAAUGAAAACGUUCCAAAAGGUUCGAUUGUAGUGCAGGUGAACGCUACAGAUUCAGAUGAGGGCUUAAAUGGCGAGAUCGUCUAUUCCAUGAGCAAUAAUAUCAACAAUAAAAUUCAAGACCUUUUUGAAAUAAAUCAGAUCACCGGAGACAUUAUUGUGAAAGGAUUAUUAGAUUUUGAAGUUAAAGACAAAUACGAGAUAGAUAUACAAGCAUCAGAUAAAGGACUUGUACCAAUGACAUCAGAUAAAAGUGUAACUAUAAAGAUUGUUGAUUUAAACGAUAAUAAUCCAGAAAUUGAGGUGACGUCGUUUACGAGAGAAAUCCCAGAAGAUUCCAGAUCUGGCACAACUGUUGCUUUGAUAAGUGUCUCUGAUUCAGACUCCGGAAUGAACGGAAAAGUAUUAUGUUCAGUCCCCGAAAACAUACCUUUCAAACUAAUGCCAUCAUCCCAUGAAAAUGUUUACUCAUUAGUCACAGAAUCAUCGCUUGACAGGGAAACUACAGUUCAGUAUGAUAUUACAAUACUCGCAAAAGACACAGGAGUGCCGCCCUUGUCCUCAGUGAAGACUAUAACUGUUAAAGUUUCAGAUGUGAAUGACAACAGCCCUCAGUUUUCUCUUUCUGCUUACACGUUUUACGUGAUGGAGAACAAUAUUCCAGGCACGUCUUUAUUUUCUGUGACUGCUUCUGACCGGGAUUCAAAUGAAAAUGCAAUUGUCAGUUAUCAUAUUUGGAGAGAAAAUGAUGAUGGAAAUGCAUACGCCUCAUUUAUCAAUAUUAAUUCGGAAAACGGAGAGAUUUACGCGCUGAGAAACUUUGACUUUGAAUUAGUUAAAACCUUCCAAUUCAAAGUCACUGCAAGAGAUUCUGGAACUCCACCACUGAACAGCAACGUCACGGUGAACGUCUUCAUUCUGGAUCAGAACGACAAUGUUCCAGUGAUCUUGUAUCCAGUCAGCUCUAAUGGAUCUGCUGAAGGUGUGGAGGAGAUUCCCCGCAAUGUGAACGCAGGACAUUUAGUGACCAAAGUGAGAGCCUAUGACGCAGAUAUAGGAUACAAUGGCUGGUUAUUAUUUUCACUGCAGGAAGUGAGUGACCACAGUCUGUUUGGUUUGGACCGCUAUACUGGACAGAUAAGGAACCUCCGAUCAUUCACAGAAACUGAUGAAGCUCUGCAUAAACUGGUCAUACUGGUCAAAGACAAUGGUAAUGUGUCACUUUCAGCAACAGCGACUGUGAUAAUCAAAAUUGUGGAGCCGAAAGAGGCUUUUGCCUCUUCUGAUGUCAAAAGCUCAGUACAAGAUGAAGAAGACAAUGAUGUUACAUUUUAUCUGAUCAUCACUUUGGGCUCGGUCUCAGUGCUUUUUGUGAUCAGUAUCAUUGUCCUGAUCGUGAUGCAGUGCUCCAAAUCUACAGACUAUUCCUCCAAAUAUUUACAAGAUACAAAUUAUGAUGGGACACUGUGUCACAGCAUCCAGUACAGAUCAGGAGAUAAACGUUACAUGUUAGUUGGACCCAGAAUGAGUAUUGGUUCUACUAUUGCCCCAGGCAGUAAUAGGAAUACUCUGGUCGUGCCAGAUCAAAGGAGAAGGUCAUCUGGAGAGGUAAGAUUAAAAACUAGAACGUGCAUCAAAAAUGUAAAUGUGCAAAUGAAUUGUGCAAAUAUAAAACUAGAACACUAAAUCAAAUGCAAUACAAUGAGGCAAACAAUAGACAAUUACUGCAGCAGUGUCAUACUGAAACAGUACAUUGUGAAUGUGUGUGUGUGUGUAU